UUUUUUUUUUUAAUUUGAUCUCAGCUUCAUUAUAAUGUCGAGAAUUUGUAGAGUGACGUCACGUCGAGCAAAGUAGACUUCCGAGCGACAUACAUAAUACGUUUUACACGCAGUCUAUACCACGGAACUAUAUACACGCGUGAAUUAUUAAUAAGAGCUUUUUCCGACGUCGGUUGAUGACCGUCACCACGGCUAUAUCGAUUUGAGAUAUGUAGUGAAACUUACGAUGCUUCGGGUCAAGGAUACAAGCAUCAUAAUCAAUGCAUGAACUUACACGUGCGACAAAAGUGUCACAAAAUUACAAUUAAUAUUCAAAAUGUAACCUCUUUCUCGAAGUGUGCAUAAAUAAUAAUAGCGCACGUAUAAAUGUCUAGCGCAAAUUUUAAACUCGACUCGCAAAUGUCGCAAAUGUCAAAUCACAUCUCAUCCCUGAAACCCGCGAUGUGCAUCAAAUUCUAAACACUGAUCUAAAGAAUCCAAUGUUGGUCCAACAAUCGUCCCUGAACAUUUAUAAAUUUUUAAAAGACGCAGAGCCUCGAAUGUGUACUCGAAUUAUAAAGUUUCGCUAAUUUCAAUAUAGGCAUUUUUCAACAUAGGCAUCGUGUAGAGCUUGAAGCAGACGAGCUUGAAAAUGGGUACGACGAACGCACAAACCAAUUCGGGACACGCACACGACGAGGCUUGCUCGAGAGGAAGUUCGAUCGACACAUUUUUCGCUGAGACGGUGAUCCUUUUAACCGGCGCCACCGGAUUCCUGGGGAAAGUCCUUCUGGAAAAGCUGCUGCGCUCGUGUCCCCGGGUGGCCAUGAUCUUCAUUCUGAUCCGUCCAAAAAAGGGUCACACCGUCGAGCAGCGUUUCAAGGAGCUGCUGGAAAAUUCCGUCUUCGACAGGAUACGAUCGGAUUUUCCGGGUGCGUUGAACAAGAUCUUUCCCGUGAAGGGUGACGUGGGCAUGCCGGAGCUGGGGUUGCAACCUGAGGACAGGGACAUGUUGAUACAGAGGGUUAACAUCGUUUUCCACGGGGCGGCUACCGUGCGCUUUAACGAGCCGCUGAAGGUAGCCGUUAAUCUGAACACGAAGGGCACCGAGCGUAUGCUGGAUUUGUGCAAGCACAUGCCGAAUCUAAUAAGCGUCAUUCACAUCAGCACGGCCUACAGCAAUGCCGAUCGGCGGGAGAUUGAUGAAUUGAUAUACAUCACAGAAGUAAAACCUCAUACUGUGAUCGAUAUGUGCGAAAAUUUGGACGACGAGACGUUAGAAAUAAUAGAAAAGAGAUUGCUCGGUAAACAUCCGAAUACAUAUACGCUGACCAAAGGAUUGGCAGAGCAGCUUGUGAUGUCCAAAGGAAACGGACUACCGAUCGCAAUUGUACGACCGAGCAUAGUCUGUGCCGCAUAUCAGGAACCAUUUCCAGGAUGGAUAGAUAAUGUUUGUGGUAUUACAGGUAUAAUGACGGAGAUAGGUAGAGGCACUGCUAGAAGUAUCGUGUGUAAUGCGAAUUUAGUGGUGGACGUCGUGCCUGUCGAUUUUGUUGUCAAUACAUUGAUCUGCGCAUCUUGGCAUAACACUGUCCAACAUUCUGACACGAUCAAGAUUUACAAUUGUACCAGCAGUGGAGUACAUCCGAUCACAUGGGGAGAAUUUGGAAACCUUACGAGAAAACACGCAAUCGAAUCUCCCUCGAAAUACGUGAUGUGGUAUCCAGACUUCACAUUUAGAACAAAUAAAUUUAUUCACGCCAUCAUGGUGACCACGUUGCACUUCUUACCCGCAUUCAUCGUCGAUCUUAUACUAAGGGCCCAAGGUUGCAAACCUGUGAUGAUGAAGAUUACCAAGCGAUUUGAACGCGCCACUAAAGUAGGGGAAUUCUUCGCCAUGAACGAAUGGAAAUUUUUAAGGGGUAACAUGACGAACUUGGUGAAAUUCAUAAAGGCGGCGCAAGAUUGCGGCGACUUCGACGUAGAUAUCAGAAACAUGGAUUGGGAUAUGUAUUUACAUCAAUACAUGUUAGGUAUCCGAAAAUACAUCCUGAAGGACAAUCCAGACACGUUAAGUAAAGCUCGAGUUCGGUUAUUGAGGUUAUACUGGGUGCACAAAUUCACCAAAAUACUCAGUAUAUUCGUGUUAUUAGGAAUCAUCAAAUGCGCCGGUCGGUGAUGCUAUCGAGAAUCCGAAUCGUGACCAGCGCGAUCCAAGAGAUACUGCAGAAAUAACGUAAGAAGAGAUAUUAUGAGAAAGAGAUGCAAUUUAUGUGCUUCAUCUCGAAGACUAAACCUCUUUAUACUUAUAAUAUAUUACUUAAAUCAAACAUAUUAAAUCAGAUAUA